GCGGGGUAUCAUCCCUUUCGCUGAUGCAAGAGCCUAGUGCGGUUGUGGGAGAGGUGUCGGCGAGAUCUGUACCGCGGCUGAGGCCUGGGGCUAACCUGUCCGACUUCUCGUCCGUGCGGAGCCUACUCGAGCCGCAGCCAUGUCCGGAGACGAGAUGAUUUUUGAUCCUACUAUGAGCAAGAAGAAAAAGAAGAAGAAGAAGCCUUUUAUGUUAGAUGAGGAAGGGGAUGCCCAGACAGAAGAAACUCAACCCUCAGAAACAAAAGAAGUGGAGCCAGAGCCCACUGAGGACAAAGAUGUAGAGGCUGAUGAAGAGGACAGUAGGAAAAAAGAUGCCUCUGAUGAUCUAGAUGACUUGAACUUCUUUAAUCAAAAGAAAAAGAAGAAAAAAACAAAAAAGAUAUUUGAUAUUGAUGAGGCGGAAGAAGGUGUAAAGGACCUUAAGAUUGAAAGUGAUGUUCAAGAACCAGCUGAACCAGAGGAUGACCUUGACAUUAUGCUUGGCAAUAAAAAGAAGAAAAAGAAAAAUGUCAAGUUCCCAGAUGAGGAUGAAAUUCUAGAGAAAGACGAAGCUUUAGAAGAUGAAGACAGCAAAAAAGAUGAUGGUAUCUCAUUCAGUAACCAGACAGGCCCUGCUUGGGCAGGCUCAGAAAGAGACUACACGUAUGAGGAGCUACUGAAUCGAGUGUUCAACAUCAUGAGGGAAAAGAAUCCAGAUAUGGUUGCUGGAGAGAAAAGGAAAUUUGUCAUGAAACCUCCACAGGUCGUCCGAGUAGGAACCAAGAAAACUUCUUUUGUCAACUUUACAGAUAUUUGUAAACUAUUACAUCGUCAGCCCAAACAUCUCCUCGCAUUUUUAUUGGCUGAAUUGGGUACAAGUGGUUCUAUAGAUGGUAAUAACCAACUUGUAAUCAAAGGAAGAUUCCAACAGAAACAGAUAGAAAAUGUUUUGAGAAGAUAUAUCAAGGAAUAUGUCACCUGUCACACAUGCCGAUCACCUGACACAAUCCUGCAAAAGGACACCCGACUCUAUUUCUUACAGUGUGAAACUUGUCAUUCUCGAUGCUCUGUUGCCAGCAUCAAAACCGGCUUCCAGGCUGUCACGGGCAAGCGAGCACAGCUCCGUGCCAAAGCUAACUAAUUUGCUAAUCACCACUGAUUUUGCAAAGUGUGUUGUGGAAAUUUGGCUGGACUGGUUUACCAUCAGAGUGGAUAUACCAUUGUAUUAAAAAAACAAGAUAGAAAAGCUGCCAAGUUCUUUGGUGUAUGGCUGGUUGGUCUGAAAUCCUUGCAAGAUGCCGAUGCUCAAGCUGUUGACAUAAUCAUUGCCUACUUUAACAACUGUCAGAGAAACAAGAUGGGGUAAGGUGGUGCUUUUUUAAAAUCGUUCACAGACUUCUGUAAAAUGCAAGAGAAAUUAAAGUUAUUAUAACAGUGA